UAAAUGUAUGGCAUCAUGGUUAUGGUUUCAUAUUGUUGACUUCAAACUGGAUAGGUUUCUUUCAGUCUUGAUUAUAGAGAUUCUGUUUCUUCACAACAAACAUUACCUUGAACUAAUGCUUUCUGCCUCAGUGCUUUCUAUCAUUGGGAAUAGUACUGCUUCAGUUGAUUGGAUACCAGAGAUACCCAUGUCAACCAGUGGAACAUUGGGCCCUCUUGGUAAUAUUGUAACUAGGGUAUCCACAAAGCAAUGAUGUAAUAAAAUCCAUUGUUACCUGCAUGUGUUAGUGGAGAUCUUUUUUUAAACACAUUCCAGUGAGGCAAAAACUGGUGCACCAAAAAGAGAAGUCUGUAACCCUGGCUCUAACCAUGCAUAUUAGCAGCUAUGGUUAUAAAAGAAAAAACAGAGAAGACCAAUGGCCCACAUCUGAGGCUGAACAUGCCCUUUGCCAGUGAAUCAGAUUUUAUCUGCUUUGAUAAAGCUACACAGACCUCCUCUGAGGACACAUUAGAUGAUCCAUUCCAGAAACUUCUCAAAACUGAUCCAACAGCCACCAUUACUGGACAGAUACUCUUGGCAGUGGCUAGCCUGCGGAACUCGGACAGAAACAAUAUCCAGGCAGCUGCAACUAUGCUGAAUUCUCUUUUAAAGAAAGAGAAGAACAAAUUAAGGGGAAAGGUGCCAGAAAUCAUAGAUAUUAUUUAUUUCCACUUGAAUGCUAUCCAGGAUCGCAGUGCAAGAGAAGCAGCAAUAGGAGCUGUUUGCCUGCUGGUUGAAGCACACACAGAUGAGGCCAUCUCAAGCCUUCUGAGACUCUCGCUCUUUUGUGACAGACAUGUUACUCAAAUCUGGGAAACCCUGGGCCAAGCUAAACAACCUGUCAGACUCCAGGUCCUUGCCAAACUCCUUGAAGUCCUAAAAAGAAGACCCAGCCUCCACAGUGAGCCUCUGUGCUCAGACCUAAAUUUCAAGGAUACUAAUACUUCCUUUUUCCCUUUGGCUGCAACAAAGGCCCUGGGCAUAAUAUUUAAAGAUAAAAGGUGCAAAGUGCCUAUGAAUAGCUUUUAUGUGUCUGUGAUAAUUUUCCUGGUCAUUCAACUGCACUACUUGGUGAGCUCUUUAGAUGGUGACUACGGGCAGGAGGACAUCCUCAAAGCAUCGCAAUACAUAAGCUGUACCAUGGAAACUUUAAAAGCCUUGAUUAAAAGGGAGAAGUCAUCACAGACAUGUUUUACAAGUCUCACAGAAAACUGGGAUCUUCUGUCUUCACCAGAGAAUUACAUUGAAGGUGUUCUCCUCUUGGCCAGAGCUCUUGUCAAGAAUCAUCAUGGGCUUGAUUACGCUGUGUUUACUAAGGUGAUACCAUUUCUCCAUCAUGGGGAUGACCAACAGAAGCUAACAGCAAUGGCCUUUUUCACUGCACUUCUUUCUUCUGAGACUACCUAUACAGUGCUACAAAAGCAUUAUAUCUUGAGUUUAUUAAAGAGUUGGCAGAUUGAUUCAAACCCAACCUACCGCUGGCUCAGUCUUCAUGGGAUGAGGAAUGUAAUUCGGCAUCUGCAAAAUAGGAAAGAACUCACAUCGCUAAUCCUGAGUAUACUUCCAAACUUCAAUGAUUCUGAUGAGAAGGUGACAUUGACAGCUUUUGAGGUCGUAACCAAGGAGGUUGCACACCACAAGUAUGCCAACCAUGUACUUCUAAAGAUUGUCAAACAGCUUCAUCCAUUCUUGAUAGAUAGGAGGGACAAUAUAUGCUGUGCUGCAAAUCAGCUGUUCCAAGACAUCUUCAAAACUUUGGACACAAAAGACAAACCCUCUAUGCAGGAUCAAGUUCUCAAUAGUAUUGUAACACUGAUGCUAAAUCUAGAAGAUCCACAUCAAGAUGUGGCAAAGUCUCGUACUAACAGUUUAGAACUUUGCAAGACCUUCUUGGGGUGGACGGCAAAUGAUGAGAACUUUUGGAACGUGCUCUGUAAGCAUCUGGUUAAAGAGUAUCCUGGAAAACUGCGGGGCUUCUUGGACCAAGCGCAGGAAUAUACUCAGAGCCCACAACAGUCUUCAAGGAUUGCAGCCGCCACAUUUAUAGAUUCUAUCUUCCAGCACAUGGAAUCCAGCCAUUUGCAAAAAUCAGAAGUAGACUACUUGAGGAAAGCUUUGAGGUCUUUUCCGUCUGAAAGAUGUUCUGUCCCAGUUGUUUCGGAACCAGAGAAAGUCUGCAGGUAUUGCCCAGAUCUAUUCAGAUGUUCCCGUUAUUUCCCAAGGUAUGAUAUUUUUUCCAUCUGGAGUAUUGAGGUGAAAAAGGAAUAAAGGCAACCUUUAUAAUGGGAAGAUGGAGAAGAAGUAUUUAACAUAAGGGUUUGUUCUUCUGGUUAAGUCAUGAUAUGUUUUCUUUGGUUUUGGGUAAUUGUGUUGCACACAAAUACAGCCAUCAGGAUUUGUGAAUUAUAAUUAAUAAUAAUUAUAAUUAAAAGCUUCACCGAAUGCGCAAAUACAGAAAAUUGUGCCUUAUAUAACAAACUAUCAUUAACCAACUCUUCUUAGUACAAAUCCUAACUUGCUGCUUGUUAUGCCACCCAAAAUUAGCUAUGUGACUCUUCCAGCCACAAGUUUCCACCUACUUUAUCUAUGAACAUGGAAGUUAUAAUCUUUCCCCAAGAUGUAAUCUGACUGUAAAUGUAUAGAUUUUCUGCAGCAUGUAAUCUUGGUUCUUAGAAAAUCUGUAUGCUGUCCCAGUUUAGAUCCUGUGUGUCUCACCAUUACAUCACCCAGAUCCACAAUCAAUAAAACAAUUCACAGCAAGCAACAAAAUCUCUCAACUAAAAAUGGCAGGAGGGAAACAGGCCAUGUAGAUAAAACACCUCCAAUUCUCCAUAACCAGAGAUUUAGACAUCUUCCAAAAAAUUGGUAAAAGAGUAGGGAUAGCCUAAUUUCAGAGAGCAGUUUGUUCCACAGGACGGGAACAACCAGAUGGCCUGUUUUCAAACUUCCACGCCUCUCACUGCAUGAUGGGGGGAAUCUUCCAUAUGGAAGAAAGAUUUUCAGGUAAAAAGGAUUUAAGCCACAUAACUUUUUUGAAGCUGACUGGCAGCCAAUGUAGCUCCCUUAGGAUAAGCAUGCUAUCCACAGCCAGCCAGCCAGCUAGCUGCAUUUUGUAUUAGUGGGCCUUCUGAGUCUUCAAGGGGAGCCCCACAUAGAGUAAAUUAUAGUAGUCUAGAGGCAAGAGGAUAUGGGUAUGAAUAACUGUUGUAAUAUAGGUACCUAAUCACUAUCCAGAUUCUCACUUUGUUCCCUUUUCUUGCUGGUUGUGUGUUUUCAGAUCCUGUAUUUGAUGUCUGAAACUGAAGCUAAUAUUCAUCUGAAUAAAGAAUACUGUAUGAAAUGGCAUGGAAGAAUAUCAUUCUGGAUCCCUUUGGUAGGAUAAUAAUAUAAUAAUAAUAAUAAUAAUAAUAAUGAUGAUGA